UCUCAGCCGAUACUUUACAGCUAUUUCCGAAGUUCCUGUUCUUGGAGAGUGCGAACCGAGAUGUCAGCAAACAUGAGUCUGGAACAGUGAGGUGUCUCCCCACAGGGAAGGAGGGGAAGACUGCUGCUUACCUGGAACAGGUGGAAUAGAGAGGAACAGAUAAGAGGGCUUCAUGACACUGCCUCAGACUCUGGUCUGCCCAGGUCUUAAGAGCUAAACAGGGCUGGGAAUGAUCCCUACUUGUACUGAGACAGAAAGUUUUUACAGCACUGGCUCUGAAAGGAAUUUCGUAUGACCAGGUACCAGUGAACCUCAUUAAGGAUGGAGGACAGCAGUUUUCUGAUGAAUUCAAGGCACUGAAUCCAAUGCAGCAAGUCCCAGCCUUGAAAAUUGAUGGAAUCAUCCUUUCUCAGUCACUAGCUAUAAUUAAUUACCUAGAAGAGACACGUCCUAACCCCAGGCUCCUGCCCCAAGAUCCAAAGAAGAGAGCCCAAGUCAGAAUGAUUGCUGAUCACAUUGUCUCUGGCAUUCAACCACUCCAGAACCUGAGUGUCCUGAAACAAAUGGGGGAGAAAAAAAUGGAAUGGGCUCAGAACUGUAUCACCUCUGGCUUUCAAGCACUGGAGCAGAUUCUGCAGCAGACUGCUGGACGCUACUGUGUGGGGGAUGAAGUUUCCAUGGCUGAUCUGUGUUUAGUGCCUCAAGUUGCCAAUGCUGAAAGAUUCAAAGUGGACAUGGCUCCAUAUCCCACAAUAACCAGAAUAAAUAAAGCUCUCUUGGAGUUAGAGGCCUUCAAAAUAAGCCACCCUUCCCGGCAGCCAGAUACUCCUGCAGAGCUGCGAGCUUGAAGCCUUUCUACUCAUUAAAUCUAGAAAGCUGGCAUGAUAAAGAAGAUAACACCUCCAAUUUGAGUAGGACUUCAGUGCCAGUAGGAAUCCCUAGUACUAUUGUUUCUCUUUCAUCUGGGUGGGAAAGACAGAAGACCUGGAAACAGUGUAGAUGGCUUACAGGAGCUGUGACUUGCAGCUACUUAUUUUUUCUAUGCAGUCUAUCUCCAUGAAGCAGAUUAAAGCAGAAGUAUCCAUUAUAA